CUCAUCUCCCCCGCUCCCCCUUGCUUUCUUUCCUGCGUAACAUCAGUGCUCAAUUGGCACCGGUCCCUUCUGUUAGCCGUCGCUGAAGCCCUGUGGUCCUAAUCUCCUCGACUGGCAUGCCGACAUAAUGGCGACCACGACCCAGAUCCUAUCCAACUCGCCCGCCCUUCACUCCCUCAAGCGCGACCAGCUCGUCAGGCUAUGCAAGAUACACCAUAUAAAGGCAAAUGGCAAGAACUCCGAACUUAUCGAACGCCUCAAACAGCGCGCUCUCGAGCUUCCGCCCGAGGAGCUGAACCAGUCUGAAGACGUUACCCCGGAAGAGGACGACCGAAUGGAAGACGUGCAGGAUAUACCGGGAGGGAUGCCCGUGGAUGCAGAACCCGCACCGGUACCUGAUACUGCUACCAACGGAGACGACUAUGACAUGCAAGACGUAGUGCUAACCUCUCGGUUCUCGAUCCCGCGACCGAGCGAGCAGUGGGAGGUCGUCAUGGAGGAUAUCGAGGAGCUUGACGAAACUAUGGGCACCGCUUCUUCCAAGAACAGUUUGAGGACUGUUUCGAAUGGGGAGUUUGGCACUCAUAUGUCUAAAUCCUCCGUCUCGUCCUCCAUCAAAGCACUCGCCACCUCGCUCGGCAUCAAACGCGUCGCAUCGAAAGCAUCCCACCACACUCACACCACCGACUCCGCCAACAACACCAUCAACAGCCCUAGCAAGAUGCCCUCCUUCUCCCCAGGCAAGCUCCUCGGCGUUGGCGGCGGGAACAGCACGCGCGCACGCGACUCGCUCGCCGAGCACGCCAUCCCGUACGACCACAUCCCGCCCUCGGACUCGCUCCCCGAGACGGACCACUUCAAGUUCUCCACCCCGGACUCGAGCAUCCUCGGCCUCGACGCGGACGCGGACGACGGAGACAACGACAACGACAGCGACGCGAAUGGAGACGCGAAGUCCACCGCGCGCUCGAGCGUCCGCUUGGGCCCCGCCGGAGUACGGAGCACGAUCCGCCUCGUGUCGCACCCCGCGGCGGUCAAGAGCGCGCGGGGCGACGACUACGCGUUCAGCUACAACAUGAGCCCGCCGAAGCUGCCCGUCGUGAAGACGGAUUUCGACAUCGUCGCGGGCACCCCGGGCACGGUGCGCACGCUGAACGUGUGGCCUGCCACUCCGCGCUCUGUCGCGCCGAGCGUGGAGGGCGAGGGUCGGCUGUACCCUAAGCUCCCGCUCGACGAGGACGGCGGAGAGGGCAUGCCCGGGGGGAUGCACGUGGCCGCUGCGACCCCCGCGAAGCCCAUCAUGACGUCUACGAGCCAGGGUAAGGGAACGAGCACACCAGGGCCGGUCGACCAGCCGGAUAUGUUCUCUCCCUCCAAGCGUACUACGUCCCCGGUUGCAGAUGACAGCGCAGCUCCUACACCUGCGCGCGGCACAUCAGUCCCGCGCAGCGCACCAUUCUUGUUCGGUUCGCCGCUGCCGCGGCGUCCAUCCCCUGUGAAGAAGGGGAAGGACACCGCGAAGGGAGAGAACGGAGAGGCGACGGCAGCGGCGGGCGUAUCGAAUGCUGCGUUCGACGGCAUCGCCAAGUCCGUCCUCGAGGAGAUGCACCGGCGCCUCGCCGAGGCGAACAAGGACAAGCCCGCCUCGUCCUCUAAUCAGACCGCACAGCCCCUUUUCACGCUCACGAGCACCACCGCAGGUACGGCGGAGAUGCAGGAUCGGUUCGCGAAAGUGCACGAGGCCGAGUUCAGCAAGAUGGACUCGAUCGCGACGCACUACGCGGCGCGCCGCCUGGCGAAGCGCAAGUCAGACGCGCUCGGUCGCGGAGCGUCGGGCCGGCCGUCGGCGGGCCAGAAGAGAAGGAGCAGCGCGGCGGGUGCGAGGGUCAUCAGCGCGGGCGCGCGCAGGAACAAGAAUAAGAUAGCCGUCCCUGGGGGAUUUGGCGCGGACGACGAGGACGACGAGGAACAAGAAGACGAGGAUGGGAAAGAGGAGGGAGAGGGAGAGGAGGAGGACGACGCGGGGGCGAGGCGGUCGAGCAAGCGGAUGCGCAUCACGGAGGGGUGGGACGUGCACCGCGCGGGGCAGCGCGUGUCCCUCGCGCCCCCUCUUCCACCUGCAGAGGAGGAGAGGAAGAUGAGGGAGCGCGAGGCCGUCAAGCGGGAGCUCAACGCCGCCAAAGCGAGGAGACGGAGCAGUCGGGGCCGGCCAAGCAUUGGGGCGCCCCAAGCGAAAGCUAAGUCACGGUUCGGCUUCCUCGGCGCUGCGAAGUCGCUCGUGCGUAACGUCUGGAACAUGGGCGGAGGUAGUAAGGCGAAGGCGGCUCCUGCCAAUCCGCCACCGUCGAGCAUCCCCGUUCCGAAGGCUUCUCAGACGCCCGCAGUCGCGACUGCGGACAAGAAAGGCGAGAACGGGAAGGCCAACGCUGCUCAUAUGCCGUCAAAGGUUCCUGGAACCAGUUCCGUUGCGUUUGCGACUAACGCGAGGAAGGCGUCUGGGUCGCAGGCGAACCAGCUGCUCAAGCCUCCCCCUCCUGCCACGGAUGCGAAGAACUCGGCAACGAUCACGUCGACGAAGUCAGGUAGCUCGCGCUCGCGGUCUCCGAUUCCUUCGUUCAACGUCACUGUGCCUUCUGGCACGAUCAGGUCUACUGCGACCGCUGCUUCAAGGCCAAGUAGCAUUGCAGGCACUGCGCGCUCUCGGGUAAGCGAUACAAAUGCCGGAAACGGUACCGCGACUUCUCGCCAGACGGCAAGAACGAGCACUGUGUCGUCCAUGGGUACGCGGACAAGCGUCACGUCCGGCAGUACGGCAGUCUCUUCCAUGGGUACUCGUCGGAGCUUCGCGAGCACCAACACUCUCGCAUCCACCAGAUCCAAGGCGGACGCCAAAUCCCCCGAGAUGAAGGACCAGCCCUCCCUCCGCAAGCGCACGUCUUCUCUCCUCGCUCCGACUGCCAGUUCCCUCGCAAAGACGAUUGGGCGGACCUCCGGCCUCCCGUCAGUGGCCGAGGCGCAGAAGGAGAAGCCGAAACGUACGAGUGUCGCCCAGGUUUCGUCGUCUUCCAAAGCGGCCAUUACCUCGCCCCAGAGUCACAGCCCCUCCUCCCCUCGUCCCACGAGGAUAUUCAGCCAGCCGCUCACAAAUUUUGCCAGCAGUCCUGCUCCCUCUGUGUCCCCCGCAUCUCCGGUGUACCACCCGUCGCUCACUUCCGCGGCCGCGGCGAUCAUGGGCGACGCGGUGAGCUCCCCAUCUAAGAUUCCCCGUCCUGCAGUAAUCCCUCCGAAGCCGAAGCAGCUCGUUGCACGCAAACCACGCAUCUCGCGCUCGAAGGUCAUUGCGAAGCUCGGCGCGCAGAGGGCUGCCGCUGCCCAGGGCUCAUCUCUCGGCUCGCCGUCGGCCAAGGGGGCACGCACGCGCUCGAGCAUGGGCGCGCGGCGGUCAUUUGGAGGCGUGAAGCCGGGGCGGGCCAGUGCGGGCUCGGAGAUUAUGCGCAGCGCUGUGAAGAAGAGGGCAAGGCAGAGCGAGUAUAUCCGCAGGAAGAGCCGGGUGACAAGCGAGAAUGACUCCGUAGCUGGCGAGGAUUGAGUUGCACUUCUAGUGAGGGUAGGGAUUGCAACGAUGUUGGUAGAUGCUUGACGCUAGCCUUCGCCUGAGUCCCUUUUUUAUGAUCAGUAUUGUAUCGCAGCUUCAAGAGCUGCGUAGCGUAUGUCCAGGACGUUCAUGUGCAUUGUACGAUUUGGGUAUGCUCUCGUUCUGGAUCCUUUUUGUCGUAUCU